AUGAUGGAACCUAUCCCCGGUGAAAGCAAGAAAAGGGUGUGCUACUUCUUCGACUCGGACAUUGGAAAUUAUCACUAUGGCUCUGGUCACCCGAUGAAGCCGACAAGGAUCAGAAUGUGUCAUUCUUUGGUGAUGAACUAUGGGUUGUACAAAAAGAUGGAGAUAUUCCGAGCGAAACCAGCGACAAAAAGGGAAAUGUCACAAUUCCACACGGACGAAUAUGUCGAUUUCUUACAUCGCAUAACACCUGAGAAUGCACAUCAAUUCAGUAAAGAGCAGUCCAAGUAUAAUGUCGGAGACGACUGUCCUAUCUUUGAUGGACUGUUCGAAUAUUGUUCAAUAUCUGCUGGAGGGUCAAUGGAGGGUGCUGCUCGAUUGUCAAGAGAUAAAUGUGAUAUCGCCGUCAAUUGGGCUGGAGGACUUCAUCAUGCAAAGAAAGCAGAGGCCAGCGGGUUUUGUUAUGUCAAUGACAUCGUACUGGGAAUACUAGAGCUCUUGAGAUAUCAUCAACGAGUACUUUAUAUCGAUAUUGACGUACAUCAUGGAGAUGGUGUCGAAGAGGCUUUCUACACGACCGACAGAGUGAUGACUGCAAGUUUUCACAAAUACGGAGAGUUCUUCCCUGGAACAGGAGAAGUGAGGGAUAAUGGUAUCGGGAAGGGUAAAGGUUACGCUGUGAACGUUCCACUCCGAGAUGGGAUCACCGAUGAGAAUUAUAGAAGUAUCUUUCAACCUGUGAUGACCCGUAUCAUCGACUUUUAUCAACCUGGUGCCAUCGUCCUACAAUGUGGAGCCGACUCUCUCUCCGGUGAUCGACUGGGAUCUUUCAAUCUUUCCAUGCGAGGUCACGCUGCCUGUGUGCAAUUCAUCAAAUCGUUCAAUCUGCCAUUACUCUUACUCGGCGGAGGAGGUUACACGGUCAAAUCGGUGUCUCGAACUUGGGCAUAUGAGACUGGUCUUGCUGCUGGGGUGGAACUUCGUGGGGGUAAGCUAUUACUCUAUUAUGGACCCGACUAUCAAUUGGACGUACGACCGAGCAAUAUGACGGAUCAUAAUACCGACGAGUACCUCGAGAAGUUGAAAGAGACUGUCUUCGAAGUACUACGAGACAACAUCGCUGCUCCAAGUGUUCAAAUGCACGUUGAUCCUCCCCAAGAGGUUCCCAAAUUAUCACAUGAUGAUGGCGAUGAUCCUGAUCGGGACAUGGAGGAUCCAGACCAUCGUGAUCCAAGAAGUGCCAGGGAUGUGCGUAUAGAACGUGAGGGAGAAUAUUACGAUUCCGAUGAUGAAGAUAUGAGUGAAAGACAUCGACAAUCGCACAGAGAUCCACCUACCAACGGUGUCAUUCGACGGAACCGAGCAGAGUCCACCUCUUCAACAAGCUCGACCAACAGCGCGGUCCGUCCGUCUCAGUCUCUCCCGUUGAUCCGAAGUGAAAGCCCCUAUGCACCGUCUCAUGUGAAUGGCAAUCCUUCAACACGGCCAAUCGAGUCACCACCUUCACCGCCUAUCAGUACGUCUGACGUCCGAGCGUCAGCGGAGACCACGAUCGUCCAGCCCGCCCCAGUACCAGUCGGUGACGCCGCCGACGUUGAGAUGUCAGAUCCUUCCGAACCUCCGAAUCCAAUAGUACCUUCUGCCGUACCCCCCAGCCAUGCGGUGACUAUUGGGGACACGGAUGAUCCUAUGUCUGGAGAGCUCAAUGGUGGUCCUGGAGUAGGGGAUAUGAUCGCUCGUGGAUCAUGACAACCGAACCUGUCGUCAUUUAUAAUCCAAGAAUCGUUGACAUCGUUGUUUGGAGAUGUAGUGCUGUAUAGUGAGAUCGGAUAGUUGUGUGAUUGAGAAGAUCAAAUAGUAGACAAAGAGGUCAUGAUCUAUGCAUGGCAUGGUAGGAU